AUGGAGUCGUUUUCCUGUAACAUUGCAACGAAAGUGCUGGAAAGGCUUGCUUCCCGUGCGCACAAAGAAAUUCACUGGUCGAAAGAUGUCAAAGGCGAGCUAAACAAGUUCCAUGAAACCUUAUUAACCAUCACAAAGGUGCUCCAGUAUGCAGAGGAAAACCAUAUGGCGAAUCCCCUCCUGCUCGCUGACUGUUUCAGAAAGCUCCAAGAUGUUUGCUAUGACAUGGAUGAUGUUCUAGACGAAUACGAAUACAAGAACUUGAGGAUGCAAGUGCUCAAACCUAAAGGUAGCAUGAAAGAAAAGGUACACAACUUGUUUUCAAUUGCAAAUUCUGUCAUGUCAAGCUAUAAAAUGGGUCACAGAAUCAAAAAUAUGAGAAAAAGGUUGGGUGAGAUUGCAGCCCAAAACCUCAGUUCAAUCUGUCCGAACGAGCUGCAGAUUUGCAUGGCAUGCACACGGAGAGGAAGACCAGCUCUUUCGUGGACUCCACAGAUGUGA